AUGGCGGAGGCGCUAGCAGCUCUUCAGCGGCAACGGGAGUUCAUAACCUCAAAAGUUGCCCGCAUCAAAUCGAGUCUCCAGAAGGCAGACGACGAACAGGUUCCACUUGACGAAUUCGUCUUGGAAACAUACAUACGGACGAUUGAUGCGGCUUAUCAAGAAAUGAACGAGUGUCAAACAAAGAUGUGCGCAACCAAUCCUACGAAGCAGGAAGAGGAGGAAGAAAUCUACGUCGAAUUCGAGAACCUGUUCACGGAGGUGAGAGCAGUAGUGAGCAGACUGCUGAAACAGAAAAAGGAUGCACAGACUUCUAACGCACUGCAACGGCAAGUUGCGGCCGGUGUUCCUCAACCGAUCCGAGUGCAACAAUCGAUCCUUCCACACACACCCCUUCCGUCGUUUGACGGGAAGCCUGAGCAUUGGUUCAGGUUCAAAUCAAUGUUCACGGACAUUAUGAACAAGUGUGCCAACGAGGAUGCUGCAACAAAACUGUAUCAUUUGGAUAAGUGCCUUGUUGGAGAAGCGGCCGGUGUCAUCAAUCAACAAUUCAUCAAUGAAAACAACUACGAUGCAGCAUGGAAUUUCCUAGUCCAGCGGUAUGAAGACAAGCGCAAGAUUGUGGACAUUCACGCGAAUAAGUUGCUGCAUUUGAAACCAAUGACGCAGGAGAGCGGAAGGCAACUGAGGGAUUUGAUCGAGGAGUGCAAACGGCACGUCGAUUCGCUCAGAUACCACGGGUACGAUGUACUAGGCCUCUCAGACAUCGUGCUGGUGAAUGUUCUCGCAUCAAAGCUAGACUUCGAGACCAAGAAGCUGUGGGAAGCCAACAACGAACACGGUGUCAUUCCUACCUACGACGACACAAUCGAGUUUCUGGAAAAACACGCAUUGGUGCUCGAACGAGUGGAAGCCUCUUCAAGUAUUCAACAGAAGACUAAGUCGAAGGCCAAUGUACCUGCUACGUCGCAGAAGGCGUCACAGUUGAAAUCUUCUUUCACUGUGACGGCGGCGGAAACAAAAUGCGUGUUUUGCGAUAAAGAACAUUUCAACCACCAGUGCGACGAGUUUCUCAAGCUUUCACCUUGUGAAAGGAAUGCCAGGGCCAAGAAAGCUGGCGUUUGUUAUAACUGUCUGAGAAAAGGGCACCUCACGGUCAAAUGUACUUCGAAACAUUCAUGUCGAGAAUGUAACAAGCGGCACCAUACGGUUCUCCAUCUGGAUUCGCCAAAACCGAAUGACGAUGCCAGCAAGACCGACUCUGUGAAACCUGUCGAUAGUGACAACAGUUCGUCAUUGAUGAGCAACGUGGUAACCCUCAGUUGCGCCACUGGUUCGAGUGGAUAUAAGGAUGUGCUGCUUUCUACUGCGGUUGCGAAUAUUCUGGACGUGCACGGUAACGUGAGGCUGUGUCGUAUUCUCCUGGACUCAGGGUCGCAACUUCACCUAAUCACGGAAGCAAUGACAACACUCCUUGGAUUCCAGCGUGAAAAGUGUGCAACGAGUGUCGUUGGAAUCAACGGGAAGGAAACCCACAUCAAACACCAAGUAAUGGUUAUGUUACAAUCCAGAACGACAAGCUACAGUGAGAACAUCGAAUGCCUGGUGGUGCCGAGAAUCACUGGCAUACUACCAGCUCAAGAGCUCAACAUUGCAGAGAUAGCUAUCCCGAACGACGUUCGUCUUGCUGAUCCAGAAUUCAACAGGCCUCAACGAAUCGACCUUCUGAUCGGAGCCGAACUGUUCUACAGUAUCCUGAAAAGUAAUCGCAUCGAUCUCGGGCCUGGACGACCGAUUAUACAGGAAACGUUUUUGGGAUGGGUCGUCGCAGGGCCAACCCACAAUCGUUCGUCGAAUAUACAACCACAACAAUGCAACACUGUUUCUUCUGAAACCAAUCAUUUGGAUGAGUUGGUUCAACGGUUUUGGAUGGUCGAGGAUGUUCCGAUGGCAUCGAGGCUUUCAGAGGAGGAGGCAUUGUGCGAGCAGCAUUACGUUCAAACAACGACAAGGGACUCGUCCGGAAGGUACGUGGUCAGGCUCCCGUUUCGUGACAACGUGGAUAAGCUUGGUGAAACGAAGCAGCAUGCACUACAGCGAUUCCAGCAGCUAGAAAGGCGUUUGAAUAGCAACGAGCAGUUGAAGCGUGAAUAUGAUUGUUUCAUCGAGGAAUACAUUCGUCUGAACCAUUGCCGAGAAGUUUUUGAACCAGAAGCAAGUAGCAAGCCCAACUGUUUCCUGCCUCAUCACGCAGUACUAAAACCAUCAUCAUCUUCAACCAAGCUACGAACAGUGUUUGAUGCUUCAGCGAAAUCGACUUCGGGCCUAUCGCUAAACGAUGUGUUGAUGACUGGGCCUAGCGUACAGGAUUCUCUUCUAGACAUCACGAUGCGAUUCCGCAUACACCAGUACGUUUUUACUUGCGAUGUGCCUAAGAUGUACAGGCAAGUCGCAAUGGCAGCGGAAGACACAAAAUUUCUACGGGUGUUUUAUCGGAAGCAAUCAUCCGAUCCGAUUCGCACAUUCGAGCUGACUACCGUUACAUACGGCACGGCGUCGGCACCCUUUUCGGCAACACGCACCUUAGUGCAACUGGUACAUGACGAGGGUGCACAGUUUCCCAUAGCUGCGGAAAUUGUACUGCACGAUGUCUACAUCGAUGAUGCAUUGACUGGCGGAGAUUCUAUCGAGUUCAUCAAGGAGGCAGCAGAACAGCUCGUGCAUCUUCUAGAGCGAGGAGGCUUCCAGCUGCAUAAAUGGUGCUCCAAUUCCACUGAGUUUUUGGAGACCAUUCCGGAAGAACUGAAAGAGAAGCGAACGGCAUUAGAAUUUAGCGGAGCAAACGAUGUGAUUAAAACGUUGGGUUUAUUAUGGAAUCCCUCAACGGACGAGCUGUGUUUCCGGAUGAAUCCUGUUCAAGACCAGGCUGUGAUCACGAAGCGUCAUAUCCUUUCCGAGGUUUCGAAAACCUUUGACCCGCUGGGACUAUUUGCGCCAUCGGUCGUGCUGUGCAAAUUAUUGAUACGAGAUCUGUGGAAGCUGGAGGUUGGUUCGGACGAAGAAGUGCCACCGGAUCAGAUGAACUCCUGGAUGCGGUACAUAGCCAGCUUGAAACAGGCUGAAGGAAUGAAGAUUAAUCGAUGUGUGCUGUCACCCAAUCGGAUUGGUCUUGAACUUCAUGCCUUUUCGGAUGCAUCAUUCUCGGCGUACGGAACAUGUGUAUACAUACGGUCUGUUCUUCCCGACGGCACUGCGGAGCUUCACCUUCUGACAAGCAAAUCCAGAGUUGCCCCCAACCAAACUAUUCCACGACUGGAGCUAUGCGGAUUUGUUCUAAUGGCUAGAUUGGUUGGCGUUGUUAUGGCGGCAAUUAAACAACGAUUCAACAAGGUGGUGUUAUGGACGGAUUCAACUAUCGUGUUAUGCUGGUUGAAUAAGCCACCUCAUCAGCUCAACACCUUUGUGUCAAAUCGUGUUACGGAGAUCAAUAGAACCACUAAGGAAUACGAACGUAAAUACGUGGAGUCCAAAUCAAACCCAGCCGAUAUGCUGUCGCGUGGUGUCUACCCUGCGGAUUUGAAAAUCAAUGACAUUUGGUGGCACGGGCCUACUUUUCUACGAACGGCAUCAUUUGCAGAUUUCAAAGAAGAAGAAGUUGUCGACAUUCCCGACGUGAAGAAAGUUACUUGUACAGCACAGGAAUGUGAAGGUCCCUACGAACUUCCAGUUCUCACCAGGUUCAGUUCGUUUAGGCGUCUGCGACGAGUCAUGGCUUAUGUGGCUCGAUUUAUCAGAAAGGCAAGAAAGAUUCGUACGGAUAACGAUCAUCAACUGUACCCAACCGUGGAUGAGUACAAGGUAAGCCUAGACUUGAUCAUGAAGGCACUUCAAGCAGUGCAUUUUCCUGAAGAAAUCCAGCAAAUUGAAAAGUAUCAGCGUACUGGUGAUCCCAAACACCGAUACGUUGGGAAGCUUCGGUACCUCAACCCGAUCUUGGAGCAAGGUAUCCUGAGAGUUGGAGGGCGAAUCAAACACGCAAAUCUAACAUUUGCCCAACGUCAUCCCGUAAUUCUACCAUCAAAGCAUCACGUGACGAAAAUCAUCAUCGACGAUUUGCACGAGAUGUACUUGCACAUUGGCCCAAGCGGAUUGUUAUCUCUUCUCCGUCAGAGGUUUUGGAUACUUGAUGGUCGGAAUCGUGUUCAGCAACAUUUGAGGAAAUGCGUACGUUGUUUCAAGGCUAAUCCAACGAAGUUACCACGUUACAUGGGAGACCUUCCGGCAUAUCGAGUUACUCGGUCAGACGUUUUCUCACGAGUUGGUGUAGAUUAUGCAGGACCGUUUUCAAUCAAAACUGGCAAUCCACGUAAACCGGUUAUUGUUAAAGGGUACAUCGCACUUUUCGUGUGUUUAUCAUCCAAGGCUAUCCAUAUGGAAAUGGCAGUUGAUCUCUCUAGUCAAGCAUUCAUCAACGUUCUGAAACGGUUCGUGUCACGGAGAGGAGUACCUACUGUAAUACUGUCCGAUAAUGCAACAAAUUUUAUCGGAGCAAAUUCGGAACUACAUCAGCUAUACCAACUGUUCCAGACAGAAUCUACAACGAUGGCCAUCAACGAGUAUUGUUUGCCGUUGGAGAUCAAAUGGCAAUUCAUUCCGGCUCGUUCCCCUGAAUUUGGAGGUGUAUGGGAAGCUGGAGUUAAGUCGGCAAAACGUCACAUCAAGCGAGUAGUUGGCGAGUCGAAAUACACAUAUGACCAGUGGAGCACGCUCAUCACCCAGAUCGAGGCUAUUUUAAAUUCAAGGCCACUCGUACCGAUGUCAUCUGAUCCCAGUGAUCUCAAGGCUAUCAGUCCAGCACAUUUGAUAGUCGGCAGAGAGCUGACUGCGAUUCCAGAACCAUCGUUGGAAAACCUGAAAUUGAGUACACUGUCUAAGUAUCAAGAAAUGCAGAAAAUGAGGGACGCUUUUUGGAUUCGGUGGUCUUCCGACUACCUGCAAGAGCUCCAGCGCCGUCCGAGACAUAAUCGUCAGCAUAAGGAGUUGAAGAUUGGCGAUAUGGUGAUAUUGCGAGAGGACAACGUACCCCCCCUUCAGUGGAGAUUGGGUAGGGUAGUGCAGACACACACUGGAUCCGAUGAAGUUACCAGAGUGGUAUCCGUGCGGACGUCCGGGGGCAUCUUCAAGAGAACAACAGCUAAGCUGUCACUGCUACCUAACGAGGAUUGA